GUGUCAGUGGUCUGAAUGCAGCUCCUGGUCACAGUGACCAGGCUUCCCGGUAAACUGACUCUGGAGCAGUGUGACUGAUGACCGCCGUUCAGUGAGAGGCAGUCAGCGAAGCCGAAGCGUGUCUGUCAUCUGAACCGCUUUGAGAUCAGAUCAGGGACGGGCCAGCCACUGAUCCACACACACACAGUCCACUGGAUGCGCGUUUCACCUGAGCUUCCCUGGACUUCGGUGUAUGCAUGGAGAGGCAGGCGGUGCUGCGGGCUAAGGAGGCCUUCCUGAGCGGCAGGACUCGGCCUCUGGAGUUCAGACUGCAGCAGCUUCACGCCCUGCAGAGGAUGAUCACUGAGAAAGAAACUGAGAUUGCCACUGCUCUCAAACAGGAGAUCAACAGGAGCCAGUACGACACACCACUCCUGGAGCUCAUUGGCAUUGAGAAUGAGAUCAAGCUGGCCAUAGAGAAACUGGCAGAGUGGGCAGCUCCGCGGCCUGUAGAGAGGAACAUCCUCACUAUAUCGGAUGAGGUUUAUAUUCAGCCAGAGCCCCUGGGAGUGGUGCUCAUCAUCGGGGCCUGGAACUACCCCUGGGCCCUUACUCUCCUGCCCCUGGUUGGAGCUAUUGCUGCAGGCAAUGCAGCUGUGGUGAAGCCGUCAGAGCUCAGCGAGUAUUCGUCCCGCCUUCUCCGGGCGCUCCUGCCUUGCUAUCUGGACAAGGAGCUGUACCCAGUGGUGACAGGUGGAGUGGCAGAGACCCAGGAUCUGCUGAGGCAAAGGUUUGACCACGUCUUCUUCACAGGAAGCAGUGCAGUUGGAAAACUGGUGAUGGAAGCUGCAGCUCGCCACCUCACUCCGGUGACCCUUGAGCUUGGCGGGAAGAGUCCCUGCUACAUUGACAAGAACUGCGACGUCAGGAUGGCCUGCCGUCGCAUCACAUGGGGAAAGUUCGUCAACUGUGGUCAGACAUGCAUCGCCCCAGACUACAUCCUGUGUGAACCCUGCAUCCAGGGCCAAGUGGUGGAAUGCAUCCGACAGACUCUACUGGAAUUUUAUGGUGCUGAUCCUAAAUGCUCACCCGACUACGGCCGAGUCAUCAACCAGCGUCACUUCAACAGAAUCAUGAGUCUGAUGGAAGGUUACACUCCUGUGGUGGGAGGCCAGAGUGAUGCCUCUCAGUGCUACAUUGCCCCAACAGUGCUGAAGGACGUGCCCCCCCACUCCAGACUGAUGCAGGAGGAGAUCUUUGGGCCUCUGCUGCCUAUAGUGACUGUGAGUGACAUGGAUGAUGCCAUUCGCUUCAUCAGUGAGCGAGAGAAACCUCUGGCCCUGUACAUCUUCUGCAAAGAUAAGAAGGCUAUAAAAAGGAUGAUUGAGGAGACUACGAGCGGAGGAGUGACGGUCAACGACGUAAUGAUGCAUUACACGCUCAGCUCGCUUCCGUUUGGUGGUGUGGGUCAGAGCGGCAUGGGCCACUACCACGGCAAACACACCUUCGAUCAGCUAAGCCACCACAGGGCGUGUCUGGUUCGCUCUCUGGGCAUGGAGAGCGUUAACCUGGCCCGGUACCCUCCUCAGGACCGCCGGCGGGCGCGCCGGGUGCGGAUGGCCCUCAAGUCACCACUGAUCGACAUGUCCAAGAGGACGCUCGUCUGGGCCGUCGCUGCCACCAUCAUCGGCUUCGGCCUGUUCAUCACCCUCCUGGUCAUCCUGCUCAUAGCUGCAGGCCUCAACUGCACCUGCUGGUACUGGAGAGGCUUUUAUAACUAGAGACACUGACACUUCUCUGUCUUUGUGUGUCCAAAGUGCCUGUUUUAUAUUCAGAUAUUUGAAAGAUAAAAAGAGGAUAACCUUUAUAUAUAACUUUUAUUUGCUGUGUGUCUUGUUUUGUAUCAGACAACCUUCAUUAGCAGUGAGACCAACUUGAGUAAAUACUGUUCAAAAACACUGUUCUCACUUCUUCAGGAAAUACUAGUAUAAACCCAAAUCUGCUCAUGAAAUCCACUCGCAGUAUUAAAAAGAUCAAACAUGUUUGCUCAUUUUGUUCCAGAAUAAAAUGA